GUGGUUGAUGUUGCUUUCGGGAAAAUGAAGAUUUUUUUUUGUUUGUUUUUUGUUUUGUUUUGUUCUCCCGGCCGCGGUCGUUUGUCCCGUGCGCUCCGACACGCCACAAGAAGAGUUUGUCGUCUCGUCACUUUCACUUGAGUCCACUUGAAAGCAUUUGGAUGUGUCUAAAGUGGAUUUGCUGGGAAGUUACUCCAAAUGUCACCAAAACUGAUCAGAUAUGAAGUUUGAGAUAUGAAAUAGUUGACAUAGACCAGGGCUUUGAUCUAGUUAGACGAGUUGGACUCCACCUGUUUGGAUUUCAGUCUAGGACAGCAAGACGAGAAUCGAGAUCCUGGAUCGAUCGGGACUAACCUAUACCAUAUUUCCGAUAUUCGCCGUUCGCCACCGGCGGUUUCACCCGUCUGUGGAUUUUUUUUUCCAGCUUGUUUUUUUUUAUUUGUUUAAAUUGUUUGCUUUUCUCUUCAAGAGAAGCCAAGUCCAAAAAUGUUGUGAGGCGGUUAUUUCCCGCUAAUUUGAGAAUUUUAAGGUUAAGGAAAAAAAAAAAGAAAAAAAUUAUUCCUCAAGACAAAUUGAGUGGUCUUCAAUUUUCUGCACAAUUUUUGCUAUUGACGGUUUGGCCCGGUCCACUUUAGUCAUUAUUGAUUGACGUUUGUUGAAUCAAAUGUGUUGACAAUAACGUGUGUGUGUGUGUGUGUGUGUGUGUGUUGAGGGUGAUCAAUUCGAUCUGAACUUGCCGACCGCAAGACUCGCAGCAUGUGGGCAGACGCGACCCGGUGAUUGGGUCAGGAUUCUGCGGGUGGCGGCGGUGGCCGUCGGGUGAGUGCUGUGACCACCUGCUCGUCUCCUCGGCCCUCCUCUUCUUCACGAUGAUGUCGUGGUGGAGCAACACGCCCUUUUCUGACGCCCGACGUCCUUCGUUGUCGUCAUUAUCGCCCUCGUCCUCUUCGUUCAUCUCUGACGUCCUCGGCACGAACGGCACCGCCGGCGACUUCGUGGACGGAAUCGUCGAGAGGAUUCCACUGCCUACGUGGGCCGUCUACCUGCUGGUGGCCUUGGGCGCGCUCGCGCUCACGACUUGUUGCGUGUGCGUGUGCUGCUGCAGACUCCGACGGAGGAAGCGACGGCAGAAGCCGCCGGACGCGCCGGUUCUACUCCGGCCCCGCGGCGGACCGGCCGACGCCGAGCCGGCUGGGGCCGACGCCGGCGCCGGUGCCGUGAACUCUGGCGCCGGCGAGCAACCGCGAGGGACACUGCUGUACUCGCUGGAGUUCAACGCUGCCCUCUCUGAGUUAACGGUGGGCGUGAAGCAAGCCAGCGGCCUGAAGGCCAUGGACCUGGGCGGAACUUCGGACCCCUACGUCAAGGUCUACAUCCUACCAGACAAGACCAAGACCUGUGAGACCAAAGUCCUGAAGAACACGCUCAACGCCACCUUCAACGAGACCUUCAACUUCCAGAUCUCAAAGGCGACUUUGCUGAAGUCGACGGCCGUGCUUCGGGUUUUCGACUUCGACCGCUUCUCCCGCCACGACAUCAUCGGAGAGCUCCGUCUACAACUAGGAGAGGUGGACUGGAAUCACGUCAUCGAGGAGCGGAGGGACCUCCGCGAACCUGCCGACACCGAGGAGGAGAAUCUGGGCGAGAUCUGCUUCUCGCUGCGUUACGUUCCCACAUCCGGAAAACUGACCGUCGUCAUCCUGGAGGCCAAAAACCUCAAGAGCAGCGACUUGGACGGAAGCUCAGACCCUUAUGUGAAGGUGCAGCUGGCUCUGGACAAGCGCAAGUGGAAGAAGAAGAAGACGUCGGUCAAGAAGAACACGCUCAACCCGUACUACAACGAGGCCUUCGUCUUCAAAGUCACCCUGGCGCAAAUUCGGCGCGUCAACCUGGUGAUCUCGGUGUGGGACCGCGACCCGAUGACGCCCGACGACUCGACGGGUAAAAUCUUCCUGGGCUGCGACGCCUCCGGCAACGGCCUGAGGCACUGGGCCGACAUGCUGGCCAACCCGCGCCGGCCGGUGGCGCAGUGGCACACGCUGCUGUCGGCGCAGCAGGUCAACGGCGCCCUCGCGCUCAAGAAGAAGAUGCCCUUCUGAGGACCCCCACAAGGGGGCGCUCCGGACCAACCCCCGUCCUAGCUACACACCGCAUAUGAAGGAAAACACUUUUGUUCACUCGCCGCUUCAAGCGAAAUGAAUUCCGAGUCCUCUUAUAUCCAAACAAUAUUUGUGAUUGUUUUAUAAAACCACAUUUGUGAAUAAAGUGGCUUGUCGAAAAGGAGCGCGUAAGUUU